AUGGUCGAAUUGAAACUUGAAAGAGUCAAUGAGCUGACGCAGAAAGAUAUUGCCGGACUCGAUUUUAGUUUUUCAAUCAAUGCCGAGGUUGCAAAGCCAAUCAAUCAGCUGGAAAACGACCUGCCUUUUACUACCUCACCGCUACCCGAGAGAGUCAAAGACUUUGGCUUCGACGAGCAGGAAUUGCAGGGGGCUGAUGGUCUGACGAAAGUCAUCAUUGUCCUCAGGGCCGAAAAUGGCUGUAUAUAUGGAUACACCGUCGCUUCCAAGAGCUGGAACCGGAUGGUUCUGCUCGAAUUUAUCGGGCUGGAUGUCAGUGUUCGCGGCUACGGCAAUGCAGCGCGUCUCCUGGACGCUGUCAAGCACUGGACGCGAGAAAUUGGUCUUGGCGCGAUUCGCGUCGAAGGGCAAUCUAACAAUGUUGCAGCCUGUCGCUUCUACAAAAAAGCUGGCAUGGUCUUUGCAGGCUAUGAUGAGCAUCUCUAUCACGCGUUUCCAGAGAGCAGAGGCGAAAUCGCCGUCUUUUUCUACGCGUUACUGGAUAACAAUUAG